UUCUAUGCUAUGUUCAUUUAACUUACACUUCACAGUGAGAUCACCUACUUUUUAGCUGAAAAUGGGAUAUCUGCUUCCAACACUGUGGUGCUUAUUACUUACAAGUGUAUUUGAUUUAAACACCUUUGUUCAUGGAAGACAUCUAUUAGUAAAGUUGCAUUCUGCAGAGGAUAUAAGCUUUUAUAAAAGCAGCAGAGCCAAAAGAUCACUGGACAUUGAUAGUUAUUGUAGCAUAAAUGGCUGUUGUAACAGUAGAAAUGAUGACUGCAAUGCAUAUUACACCAGUAAAAAUGCAACGUGUUAUUGUGAUACAUUUUGUGACCAGGAAGCACUGGGACACAUAGAUUGCUGCCCAGAUUACUGGACAAUUUGCGCUGGACAAAAUCUAGAGAAGGCUACGACAACAAAGGCUCCAGUUACUGUGACCUUCAACUUCACUGAUGAAACUGGGUGCUUCAAAGCCAGAACAUAUUAUGAAGAUACGUCAAUAAUGAAAGACAACUGCAAUUACUGUUACUGUAAGAGUACUCAGUGGAUAUGUACAAACCACACUUGUCUUGUAGAGCUGGAUUUGAUUAAAUACAUCAAUACCAGAAACUUUGGGUGGAAAGCUGAAAACUACAGUCAGUUUUGGGGCAUGACAUUAAAUGAAGGAUUUGAAUAUCGACUGGGUACAAUACCUCCAUCUCCCUCGCUUCUCAGCAUGAAUGAAAUAGAUGUUCGAGUGCCAUUGGAUGAGGAUUUUCCAUUGUAUUUUCUUUCUUCGUAUAAAUGGCCUCAGUAUAUUCACAGGCCUUUGGAUCAAAAGAAUUGUGCAGCAUCCUGGGCAUUUUCAACAGCAAGUGUUGCAGCAGAUCGGAUAGCAAUACACUCUGAGGGCCACUACACAUCAAACCUCUCUCCCCAACAUUUAAUCUCUUGUAAUGUUCACAAUCAAAAUGGGUGCAGGGGAGGACACAUAGAUGGUGCUUGGUGGUUCCUGAGAAAACGUGGGUUGGUAUCACAUGAAUGCUAUCCUUUUAUAGCAGAAGACAGUAAUAUUGUACAUACCAUGUGCAACCUUUCAAGUGCUACAGACAUAUAUGGGAAAAGUUAUGCAACAAAGCCAUGCCCAAAUAGUUUAGUUGAUUCUAAUUACCUCUAUCGGUGCAGCCCACCUUACAGGAUACCAUCAAAUGAAAGGGCAAUUAUGAAAGAAAUAUUUGAAAAUGGUCCAGUGCAAGCGGUAAUGACAGUGUAUGAAGAUUUUUUCCUCUACAAAUCUGGGAUCUACAGAUACAGUGGGCUGGACAAAGAAACAACUGAUAGACAUCUUAAAGGCACUCAUUCUGUUAAAAUUAUUGGGUGGGGGGCUCUAGGAUACUCAGAAAAGGAUAAGUUCUGGAUCGUUGCAAACUCUUGGGGAAACUCUUGGGGUGAAAAUGGAUAUUUCAGAAUUCAUCGUGGAAAAAAUGAGUGUGGAAUUGAAAGCUUGAUUAUAGCAGCUUGGUGUCAUGUUAAUACAAUUGUUUUUUAAUGAGACCUUUUGGGAUUGAUUUACUAAAGGUAAAUCCACUUUGCACUACAAGUGCACUUGGAAGUGCAGUUGCUGUAGAUCU